AUGGCGACUCCAGCUCACAUAUCUAGCCCGGCUUCUCCGCCCACUUUCAAUAACAUCCAGGAUUCUCACAGACCGGCGACCAGCCUUACGAGAUCCGUGCCUCAGGGCAUCGGGAACGUGGAAGUUUUGGCUCUAGGGUCAUCUCAAUUGAAGAAUGUUUUAUACACUGCCUACCAUGAAAAGGGAUUCCCUCAAAGGACUGCACACAUAACCUUGGUUGAUUCGUUCGAGCUCGAUAUAGUUGUGAAUGCCGUUUUCUUGACUCUCGUUCAUGAUCAUGGAAGGCAGCUCCAAGAAGCCGACUUAGAGGAUCUCUGGCAAAUUCUCAGUUAUGCCUCAGUCAGCAGGAAGGCACACGACAAACUUGUCCAACAUCUAAAGAAACUCGCCGCGGCGGCAAAGUCUCUCUCAGCGUGGAAUGAGAGCCCGUACUCGAAGUCCGUCCGGUUCGAGGAUGAGCCUUCGCGGAGUAUCCUCGCAGCCCACAUCAACUCUGUCAUCCCUGCCGUGGAGGCAGAUGCGAAAUCGGAAAGAAUAGUCGAAACACCGAAUCUAGGCCAAGCAAAGGAAAAUGAUGAGAUAAACCGAUAUGUCGCAUCCGCCGCGCCUCUAUCACAGCAGGCUAGGCGCGAUGUCUGGUCGUCAUCCCAAGAUUUUUUCGCCACAGGAACGCUAUCCCCUGCUUCAAACGACACACUUCCGAAUCCUCUGUACUUCAGUGGUCCAAAGGCCCUAUACCUCCCGGAAAAUCCCCUUGUGGGUUUUCACUUGGCCACCGCUUUCACGCCUCUGACCGAGUUGUCACCCCUACGGCCCCUGAUUACCGACGAUGAGUCAAACAAAGCCCCCUCAUCGGCAAAGGUCUGCUUUACGGAAUGGACACAUGCACUUGCGGAAGCGUUAGGCCAGACUUUGACGCUCAGCCUCGUGUAUGCCGACCCGCAUUCCUAUCUCGAUUCGCUACAGCACCUUGUCCUGGGCGGCCAGGAUCCGUCUCACUACCGGACAGCGUACUCCUCGGGACCGCUUCAAAUCAGUUCUGCCGCCGUGAGGGAGUUUGACGUGAUUGAUGCUGUCCAUGUCACCGGGAAUCGAUUACGCAUAUUCCUGACUCUGGCGUCUGCUUCGCCCUUGCUCAAGAAGCAGCCCUGGGCAACCGUUUUCACCGAGUUCAACAUACGGAUGGGCGAGAUGAGAGAGAAUCCCCUUGAGGAUAUCCUCUAUGGUGAUACACACUCCAUGUGCCUCUUUCUAGGACUCAGUCCUCCGGAAAUCAUUACCAAUUCUAGCUCUACCUCGAUUGUCGACGACGUCUUGCUCGGCGUUGAAAAUGGAGUCGCGCUUGGAAACCAGACAAGUCCAAUUUACUACCGCCUUUCCUGGAAGCACAAUUAUGCAGUAUCGGGCGAAGCAUUCCCGAACCUACUCAACAUGGCGGUCGACCAUCUCUUCGAUUUCUUGAUGGAGCUCGAUCACAAGAUGUAUGAUCUGGGCCAGCGGCACUUUGAGAAUCUCCGGACUAGAGGGCCCAAUGGGCUAUACAGGAUCGGCCUCCUUGCCCCGUUUAUCCAGGCCGCAUCAAGACAUGUCGACUUCUCAGCGACGGAUCUUUGCAGAAAACUGUUGGAUCAAGCGCCGAUGGAGGGGAGACGAGCCGGAAUAUCAGAAGAACUCCCGGAACUUGCGAUCCAACUCCAUACUAGGGGCAUCUAUUCAGCCCCUUAUCUAGUGGAGCCGGUAUCUCUCACGUCCGAAGACGAUGCGUUGACCCUUCCGAAUGUGGCCGCGGUCAAUGUCGUUGUGGAUGACUACAGCCAAACGCAAAACUUCUUCGAGGUCGCCGAGCUUGACACCAAGUCUAUCUUAUUUGAAGCCCGAGUUAUUCACGGCCCCUCCAAAUUCGAUCUCUUCAGAGAUCUACAGGUCAUAUCAGCUAGCGCUCUAGAAACCUCACUUUCGUCGAACCCACUGGACUUCAAAGAGAAUAGCCUGAGGAUUCGCACCGGUCCAACCAAGCACACCAUCUUCUCAUUCUGGGUGCCAACUUCAAUCCUUACCAGCGACGAUGUAGAGAUCGAACUCAUUGGCUCUCCCCAUCCUGUCGUCGAUACCAUGUACGGUAUCACAAUUGCCAGAGGCAGACUGUCUGGUUCACUGGCUGGAUCCGAGCCAAGCUUUGUCGUCACUCCACAACUGCCGACGUCUACAGAAGACGCGAUCGCUUUCAGUCGCAACCCUCCCGUCAAGCAAGCUGCUCCCCCCACGAAACCACAAGACGCGGUAGAUUGGCAAGAGCCCGUUUCACUCCAGUUUGUGGCAGACGACAAGGUCGGUACCGUCGUUGCUCGCCAAAUCCUUCAUUCUGAGAAGGGCAGGCGACUACUUACCGAGAAGGCGCCAAUCACUCUCAGGCAGUCAAACCCCUUCUCGAUUGACAUUGUAUUUGGCAAGAAGAAGGAUGAAACGAUUUACACCAUCCAGUAUCCAACAACGGUCACGACUGUGGGUAGUAAGACGAGGAUCGCACGUAAAUCGGGUUAUGUCGAAGUUCUUGCCAAAUACCCCACCCAUGGAGUUACCCCAGCUCUCGCGGAUUUGGUAUUCCCCUCCACGUUGAGUCCGGACGCAGUACCCGUUCCUUUGAACUUGCCAGCGCUGAAUCUGGACAGCUUACCGGCCCUUGAUCUUUCGGAUGAAGCAGCUAACAAGUGGAUUACGACCCUGACAUCCUUCCAGUUCUCAUCCAGGGAAAGAGGUGAGCGGGAGCAAGCGAACGAGAAGACGGGAAUGACCAACUCUACAAGGGUCAACUUCAAAGAAUCACUCUUCUCCAUGUUUAUGACUUCCACAGGUCUCCAAGGCGGCCAGACUGGCCUGUUCGCACUUAAUCAACCGGGCGAAGAUGGCGUGCACAUGCUCAUCUUCGUCUCAGCCGUGCGCCUCGACUGCGCCUCCAACUCCGUCGUCCUCGACGCGGCCGUGAUGCCCAUGACGACCGACAUGCUCAAGAAUCCUGAAAUCGAGGGCUUCCUGCUCCUCCUGCGGACCCUGGAGAUCUGCAGCCUCGACGUCGACGAAGAUGAGCUCAAGACCUGGAAGAAGGCCCUCCCCGCGUUCGCCGAAAGGUGCCGCACGUGGGAGCACCUCCCCACCUGCGAGUACAAGGCUCCCAACGCCACCAUUCCCCUCAGCCUCGAAAAGGGUGGGCGCGUCCUCUGCAGCUGCGGUAAGGGAGAGAUUCCAGAACACUUCCUCAACCUCCCUGGAUGGCGCGAGACGGCUUCCAAGUACGCCGUGCGCAUGGCUAUUAGCCCGGCGUUCGCGUGUCCGCUCGUCGAGCGCACGGUGGACUUUGGGCCGUUGAUGCCUAGGGAGCUCGAUGUUGUCCGGUGGCAGUGUCAGAAGAAGGAUUGGAAGAAGCAUCGUUUCGAGUGCAAGGAGGCAGAGGAGCACAAGGAGAGCUAG